AUGAGUCAGAGUGCAAGACGAUCAUUACAGAACAGAAAGCAACGACCGACUCAUUGCAAUGCCUUUACCACGUACAUUCGCCACCAGUGGAUCGAUUGCCACCUGCUGAAGCCAGCUACCUGGAGCGUCUUCAUGCAGCCCGUCAGGACCAAAAACGACGUUGAGGGGUGGCAUGGAGCCCUCAAUCGCCACGCCAGUCGGGGAAACCUGUCCUUCUACCUGAUGGUGCGACUUCUGGUGGAACAGGCCAAUCUGGUGAACAUGCAGGUGCGACUCGUGUCCGAUAAGAAGCUCAAACUGAGGCAACGAAAGCAGUAUCGAAGCAACCAAGCAAAGAUCGCCGCCGCAUGGAACGAUUUCAACAACGGGACCAAGUCGGCACUCGCUCUCCUGCGCACGUGGUGUUCGCACGUUGUUGCGCCAAACAUCGAAUAG